UAAACUUGUUGUAUUCAUGUUAGCAAAGGAGACCGGCCAUCUUGAAUUUGGCUUUAUCAAUCUAAAUUGUAAUCGUUUGACUGCUUAAUUUUUCCGGUUACUAUCAUUGGUUCCAUUGCUGGGAAAUCGAAGACAUGGUGCAGACCCGGAGCAAUUCAGAGGAGGGAAAUCACCCGCCUGAUCCGGUGGCGAUGCAGUUAGCCGCGAUCGCCAAGAAAUUGAAGUCCAUAGACGCGUUGCAGAAGGAGGUAGCAACCCUCAAAUCCCAAUCGCAUAAUAAGGACAGAUAGGGUAAUGGAAAGCAAGAUGAAGGGGAAUCGUCCUGGCAUAAUCAAAGGUACCGACCACACAACAAAAUUGCUUUUCCUACCUUUUGCGAUGGAGACCCACGGGGUUGGAUUCUUAAGGCAGAGAAAUAUUUCAGCUACUAUGACAUUCCAGAUGAGGAAAAGGUAGAUGUUGCAUCGAUGCACUUGGAGGGAGAUGCACUAGACUUCUAUUCAUGGAUAUCGACCGAUCAGACGAUAGAAUAGUGGGAGGAUUUUGUUCGAGCCUUGCAGAGAAAUUUUGGACCUACCGAAUUCCAGAAUCCGGACGAAUACUUGUGUAGUGUUAAACAAACAGGAACUGUGCAAGAGUAUCGACAAGAAUUUUCCAAACAUUCCUCACGAGUGUCCAAUUGGCCGGAACAUUGUCUCCUGGGAGUGUUCCUUAAUGGCCUCAAAGAAGAAUUGAAGGCGGAUGUACGAAUACAUAAACCACGAACAAUGUAUAAAGCGGUAAGCAUCGCUUUGGAAUUCGAGUCUAAAAUCAACCACACCCAUUAUGGGAGAGGAUCAACUUGGACAGCACCAUCGAAGUCCCCAACCCGAGUCCAAGGCUACGACUCCUACAUCGAAUUCUACCAACAGUAAUCCCAAACCACCCUUACGAAUUUCUGAUGCGGACAGACAGUCUCGUUACCUUAAGGGUGAAUGUUACCGAUGCGGGGAAAAGUAUGGGCCUGGCCAUCGGUGUAAAACAGGAACUCUCAAGGUGUUGGAAAUGGAAGAAGAGCCUGAAGAACAGUCCCCUAAUGAAGUUGAAUAUAUGGCAGGAGAUAUUAACGACGUUGCGGAGAUCAGUUUACAUGCCAUCCUUGGAAAACCCCACCCCAGAACCAUGAAGGUUCAAGGGUAUUACUACUGGUUCGCAAAGGUCCUCCAGUUUUCAAUACUUGGCUGUUGAACCAGGUACUCAACUAGAAAUUCCCGAUGUUCUCCGGUCGGUGAUACAUCAAUACAGCCCGGUUUUCAAAGAACCCAAGAAUCUACCUCUCAACUGCUCACAGAACCAUUAUAUUCCCCUAAUUCCAAACUCUACACCACCCAAUAUCCGGCCGUACCGAUACCCCCAUUCCCAAAAGGCUGAAAUCGAGAAGCAAGUGGAAACAUUGUUGGCGGCGGGAUUUAUUCAGCCUAGYAAUAGUCCCUUUUCAAGCCCGAUUCUACUCGUCAAGAAAAAAGAUAAUAYUUGGYGGAUGUGUGUGGAUYAUCGAGCUCUCAACAAAAUAACGAUAGCCGACAAAUACCCAAUCCCAAAUAUCGAUGAAUUAUUGGAUGAGUUAUAUGGAGCCACGGUAUUUUCCAAGCUGGAUCUACGCUCCGGUUACCAUC